CGCACGACAUUCUCAAAAUUAUUACGCGCACAUUUAAAAAUUGGGACAACAUGAGAGUUUUGAUGUCGUUUACUUUUGUAUUCUUUCUAUUUCUAUUAACCUACGUAAACCCGCAGCAUAGGCAAAAAUCUAAAAAACCUUCGAAAAUAGUCAUAGUAGAUGAUAAGACACCCGAAGAUCAAGCGCAUGAAUUGGAAUGGGCAGAGUUGGAUAACCGAACGCUUCCUGAGUGGUUUGACCGAGUGAAGAUUGGCAUAUUCGUCCAUUGGGGCAUAUACAGUGUGCCCGCAACACACAAUGAAUGGUUCCUGUACUUUUGGAAAACUUCAUAUCCUGAAGAAGUGAAUUACAUGAAGAAAUAUUUUCGCCCUAAUUUCACAUACGAGGAUUUUGCACCGUACUUUACUGCGGAAUACUUUGAUGCAGACGAAUGGGCAAGAUUUUUUGUCAAAUCUGGUGCAAAGUACGUUGUUCUUACAAGUAAGCAUCACGACGGAUUCACCCUGUUCCCAUCAAAACAGUCACGUGGAUGGAAUUCAGUUAGGUUGGGGCCCCACCGAGACAUUGUUGGGGAGCUUGGUGCUGCAGUGAAGCUACAAGGCCUGAAGUAUGGUAUAUACUACUCAUUAUUGGAGUGGUACCACCAGGAUUACUUAGAAGACAAAGAGGCAAAAUUCAAAAAGUAUACUUAUCGUGAUACAAAGGUUUGGCCUGAAAUUAAACAGUUAGUAAACAAAUACGAACCCGCUAUCUUAUGGUUUGAUGGCGGAUGGGAAACGUCAGACGUGUACUGGAAUGCAACCGGACUACUAAAAUGGCUUUAUAACGAGAGUCCUGUCAAAGAUUACGUGGUGGUUAACGAUAGAUUGGGUAAUAAUGCACAAUAUCUUCAUGGAGAUUUUUAUAAUGGUCCGGACAGGCAUGACCCGCAAAUUUUACAAAAACACAAGUGGGAGAAUGCUUUUACUCUUGACCUGACAUCUUGGGGCUACAGGAGUCAAAUGAAGGAGAAGGAUGUAAUGACAGUACAGAAUAUGUUACACUUACUGAUCAGAACUGUCAGCUGUGGAGGUAAUUUCCUCGUAAACAUCGGGCCAUCGAGGGAAGGAAUCAUUGUAAAAAUAUUUCAAGAUAGACUGCUUGCGUUAGGAGAAUGGCUCCAAAUCAAUGGAGAAGCCAUCUACUACUCCUCACCUUGGCGAUAUCAACGUGACACUAGAAAUAAACACGUUUGGUAUACAUGUAACAAAGUUCCAUACAAUGCCUUAGACCCAACAGCAACACCUUUAGCACCAGACACUAUUAAGGCGAUCUAUGCGAUGUUUACGCCCUAUCCCACGAAUCACAAAUUAACAAUAAAAGACAUUAGUCCUCUGCUAAAAAGCGCAGAAUAUCAAGUUAUGAUGCUGGGCGAAACUAAUAUUUUGAAUUGGACGGUUAUCCAUGAUAACGCCAUCAUAAGGCUCCCAGAAAAAACUAAGUCACAGAAUGCAUGGGCAUUGAAAUUCUUCAAAACACAUGAAGUAGAAGUGAAUGUCACCAGCGCUACCCAUUUACCAGGAAAAAUAGAGUGAUGUGGAGUAAGUU